AUGGACAAGUCUGAAGAAAAAAUCGAGCAGCUGGCCUCGCCGACUGAAUCUCUGGAUGAGGAGGUUGUCAUCUGGAACCAUAAAAAAGAAUUCGCUCUCCUCUUGGCCCUCUGCAGUCAGUAUUUCUGUCAGAUGCUGUUUAUCGUCGGCGCAGGUGUCUACGCUCGAUCUAUCGCAGCCGUUGUCGGUGGAGAAUCUCUUUCUUCAUGGCCUGCAACAGCCAUCAACAUUCUGACGGCUGCCACGAUUCCUCCGAUUGCGCGAGCCGCCGAUCUCUGGGGACGAAAGUGGUUCCUGGCGGUGCCGACCUCCUUGGGUUUUAUUGGCAGCAUCAUCGUUGCUAGAGCAUCCUCGAUGCAAAUGGCCAUCGCGGGCUUCGUUCUGGGUGGAGCGUCGUUCGGGGCACAGCCACUUGUUCAUGCUGUGGCUUCAGAAACCAUGCCUCGCAAAUACCGUUCUUUUGCUCAGGGUGCCUGUAAUUCUGCCAUUGCUCUCGGAUCUCUCUUCAGUUUACUUGUUGGCGGAGCAUUGACCAACAACAAUCCAGCCGGGUUCCGGACAUACUGGUACAUCUGCGCCGGCAUCUACGUUCUAUCGACCGUCAUGUUGGCAACGCUCUACAACCCACCGCCGAGAGAGUUACAGUUGACCUUGACUUUCAAGGAGAAGGUUCGCUGCCUUGAUUGGGUAGGGUUUUUCCUGUAUAUUGCAGGCUUGGUGCUCUUCUGUCUUGGUCUCUCCUAUUCUCAGAACCCCUUCGGCUGGACAAACGCACAUAUCCUCGCCCCUUUCCUGAUCGGAGUGGUUUUUAUUCUCAUCCUCAUUGGCUACGAGUGGAAGGUCAAGAAGGACGGACUAUUUCACCAUGGACUUUUCCAGAACAGAAAUUUCCCCCUUGCUCUGGUGGCGGUCUUCAUCGAGGGUUAUAUUUUCAUGUCAGCUAACAUCUACUUCCCCUACUCGAUGGAGAUUGUCAAUACAGGGAUCUCGACGUUCCGAGUGUUGGUUUGCUACAGCAUUGCUUUCAUCUGUCUCCUCCUAAUGUCAUUCCUCAUCGGAGGCUACAUUUAUCGAACAAAGACAGUGCGGGCCACCGCUAUGGCUUCUAAUAUUGGGUUCAUCAUCUAUGCUUCCCUUAUGGCUUCUGUCACCGCAAAGACACCUGAAUCCCAUUUCUGGGGCUAUAUUACUUUCUACGGUUCUGGUUUGGGAUGCGGCGUCAUCACGCUUUACACCACGGCCCAACUUUCAACUCCACCUGAACUUAUUGCCGUUACAUCAGGUUUAAUGGGCUCCAUAAGAAGUACCGGUGGAUCCGUCGCUGUUGCCAUCUAUGGUGCUCUGUUCAAUCAAGGACUCACAAGCAACCUUUUCCCGAAAGUCGCUAGCGCCGUUGUUCCACUUGGUGUGUCAGAGGACAAUAUUGGAGCUUUGAUCGCCGAUUUAAGUGCUGGCGCGGUUGAAGCAGCGCUCAAACUGCCUGGUGUUACUAUUGAGGUCGUAGAGGCGGCAGGGGAAGCUCUCAAAUCGGCUUAUGUGAUCGGUUUUCGCGAUGUUUUCAUCUGCGCUGUCGCUUUUGCGACCCUUGGUCUAGGGGCUUCUGCCUUUUUAAUUAAUCCAAGGAAAGAAUUCAAUGCUAAGAUCGAUGCACCUCUUGACGUCUUGGAGGUGAAGGCCGAGGAUGUUGAAAGAGACAUGGCCGUUGAGAUAAAGGGUGGGAAGGCAACAACGAUCGAGGGCUAG